AUGGACAAUAGUCUACAGCACAGGACAACCAAAGUCUUUGCAGCAAGAGAACAUAUUUCCAAGGGAAGCAACAUGAUCAGCAGUUCCAAGCCACUUGCUUUCUCCAUUGAACGAAUAAUGUCAAGGACUCCAGAACCAAAAUGCCUCCCUGUGCCAAGUUUCCUGCAGGGGUCUGUUCCCAAAGCAGAGCACAAGCAGGUGCUUCACCUUAAUUCUGCCUCUAUUCCCUGCAUGAUCCCAUUUGUACCGGUUGCUUAUGAACAUUGUCCCAAAAUUGGAAUCACUGGUGCUGAGCUUAGGAAGAACCACCUGGAUUCAUCCUCUUCCUUCAGUUGUAAUGAGCUGGUAAACUGUGCUCUGGCUUUAAAAGGAGAUCUUCCAAGAGAUGCUUUACCUAUUCAACAAUACAAACUGGUGAGACCUAGAGUGGUAAAUCACUCAUCCUUCCAUGCUAUGGGAGCUGCCCUGUGUUACUUUAAUAGAGGGGAUGGCCCCUGUCAUCCACCAGCUAGUAUCAAUAUCCACCCAGUUGCCUCUUAUUUUCUUGGAUCUCCUCUGCAUCAAACCUCCAAAUCAUACUUGGCUGAAAGGAACAAGCUAGUGGUCCCAUCAGUAGAGAAGUUCCCUUCAGCAGUGACUUUUAAAGACCUGUCUCAAGCUCAGUUUCAGCACUAUAUGAAGGAAAGCGCACACUCACUUUCUGAAAAGAUCUCUUUCAAAUCCUCAGCCAAAUUCAACAGCAGCUCACCAAACAGCAAACCCAAAGUGUUCACUUGUGAAGUCUGUGGGAAGGUAUUUAAUGCACACUACAACCUGACCAGACACAUGCCAGUGCACACAGGGGCAAGACCAUUUGUCUGCAAAAUUUGUGGCAAAGGAUUCAGACAAGCGAGUACUCUGUGCAGGCACAAGAUCAUUCAUACACAGGAGAAACCACACAAAUGUAAUCAGUGCGGCAAGGCUUUUAACAGAAGUUCCACUCUUAACACACAUACCAGGAUACAUGCUGGCUACAAGCCCUUUGUCUGUGAAUUUUGUGGCAAAGGGUUUCAUCAGAAAGGUAAUUACAAGAACCACAAGCUCACACACAGUGGGGAGAAGCAGUUCAAGUGCAAUAUCUGUAACAAGGCUUUCCAUCAGGUCUAUAACCUCACCUUCCACAUGCAUACCCACAAUGACAAGAAGCCCUUUACCUGCCCCACCUGUGGCAAAGGAUUUUGCAGAAACUUUGACUUAAAAAAACAUGUACGGAAAUUGCAUGAUAACACUGGUGGUGGUCAAUCUGUGUCCUGUCCAGCUGGUCAAGAGGAGUUACUUCUUCAGCCACGGGACCAUCCUCCCAGACACCAGAGCCCAGAGCUCUGA